AUCGUCAACAUAGGGUUUAAGCCUUUGAAGUGGCAGUUUCAGCAUCAAGCGGCCGAACCCUACAGAACAGCCGGCGGAGGCUGAACACUUAGAGCGGCGGCGAUUCUCAGUUCACCACCACCAACAUGGCGAGAGGGUUGAAGAAGCACAUGAAGAGGCUCAAUGCCCCUAAGCAUUGGAUGCUUGACAAACUUGGGGGAGCUUUUGCCCCUAAGCCUUCCUCUGGACCUCACAAGUCAAGGGAGUGUUUGCCAUUGGUCCUCAUCAUUCGAAACAGGCUUAAGUAUGCCCUUACUUAUCGUGAGGUCAUUUCAAUUUUGAUGCAACGCCAUGUUCUGGUUGAUGGAAAGGUUAGGACAGACAAGACUUACCCUGCUGGUUUCAUGGAUGUUGUUUCAAUUCCUAAGACAAAUGAGAACUUCCGCCUACUUUAUGAUACCAAAGGACGGUUCCGUCUUCACUCCAUUAGAGAUGAAGAGGCAAAGUUUAAGCUUUGCAAGGUCCGCUCUGUGCAAUUUGGAAAGAAGGGAAUUCCAUAUAUUAAUACCUAUGAUGGCAGGACCAUCCGUUAUCCUGAUCCCCUCAUCAAGGCCAACGACACUGUCAAGUUGGACUUGGAGAGCAACAAGAUUGUUGACUUCAUCAAGUUUGAUGUUGGAAAUGUUGUUAUGGUGACUGGUGGAAGAAACAGGGGGCGUGUUGGAGUGCUUAAGAACAGGGAGAAACACAAGGGUAGCUUUGAGACUGUCCACAUUCAGGAUUCCCUUGGACACGAGUUUGCUACCCGCUUAGGAAAUGUGUACACCAUUGGCAAAGGUACCAAGCCCUGGGUAUCUCUACCCAAGGGGAAAGGUAUCAAGUUGUCCAUCAUUGAAGAAGCCAAGAAGAGGCUUGCUGCUCAGUCUGCAACCACUGCUUAAACAACUGUCAGCAUUACUUAAUAGCCUUAUAUCCAAUUUGAAGUAUUUUGUCACUUAAACGGGAUUUUGUUUCACCAAACUCAUUCGACUUCUUGCUUUUAGCGACACUUAUAGUGUUAUCAAUGUGAGCUGUUUUUGCAUUUGACAAAUUUGUGUUGUUGCAUUUCUUUUUGUUGGAUGUAAGGUAGAGGUUUUAUAUUAAUUCAGCAUAUCCCUUUAGUAUUAAA